UGAGAAGCUGUCACGCAAUUCUUGUUCACUGGUUAUUAACUUUGUCAUUAAGUAUGGAUUAUAAUUAUAGAAUCCCAUCAUGCUUUUGUUACAAAACCCUUCACUUCCUUUCUAAGCUUACACUUAACAUUGUUUAAUUUGUGUUAAAAAGAGUGGAAAAUAUCACUUGUGGAGUAUGUACCGUCGUUUCUGAGUGAAAUUCUAAGUUAAAAACCCUUCUGUAUCCUCUCUUUCUAUACUCCAAAAUCGAGAUAUGCAGGAUAAGGCUACGUAAAUAGACCUUGUGGUUCGGUCUUUCUGGAAUCCGUGCAUAGCGGGAGCUUUAGUGGAUGAGCUGAUUUUUUUCCAUUGGGUCCCCUUUGCAUGAAUGCUAUCAAAGGCGUGCUUAAAGUGCAUAAGCCCUAAAGCAAGGGUCAAAACGUGUUGAGUGCUUCACCUCGCUUAAUGUGCGCUUCAGUGUCGUCAUCAAUUUUGCUCUUCUUGAAAUUCCUCUCAAUUACUCAUGGGCACAGUUGCUUAUAAGUCGGAUGAUGAAUACUCAAUAAUCACUGAUAAAGGAGACAUUGGUUUCGUUGACUUUGACAAAUAUAAAUCAGCAUCUAGCUACAAUCCAAAUGAAGAGAGCGAUAUAGUUGUUAUAUCUGUUCCAUUUCCGCUGAUAGAUGGAAAACCUAAAUCAGGAUUUGUUGGGGAAGCUGUUGUAGAUUCAGUCACAAUAGAGAAUACCACCAAUGAAACCCAGGAGCUGUGGUCAAUUAAGAUCUAUGACUCGAAACCUGAAGAUUCUUUCACGCUAUCUCUGAUGAAACCUCCAACUGCGUGUUCAGAUGUGCAAUAUGUUGAAGAAUUCAUGGAGUCCUUUAGCUUAGAGGAUAGAAUGUUACGACCAGGUCAGACACUAACAGUAUGGUUGACUUGUAAACCCAAAGAGAUUGGAUUGCACACAUCAGCUGUGCAUUUCAAUGUGGGUGAUGACACCAUAGAAAGAUUAGUUUUUGUCUUGGCUGAGGAUAAGCUUUCCCGGUCUCUAGCUUCGAGUAGGCCAUUCCACAGAGACAGAAAGAAGAAAGUGCCAGCAGUAGAUGUUUCUGCUGCUAAUGGAUUUGUCGUGGGUUCUCGUCCUACGAGGGCUUCAAAUCGAGGAUUCAGAAACAGACUUCCUUCAUAUGAAAUACCGGGGGAUUUAAAGGAAAUGAUAGAGCAGAAACAAUUUCCUGAUGUUAUUGGGGAAGGUUUAAGAAGAAACAAUUACAUUACUUAUUUUAGAACAUUACUAGCAAUUGAAGAAAUCAAGAUGGAGGAAGACAUGAGGGACUAUGAUAUGGAGUCUGUCACCAUGAAGCGCCAGGGACCACAGUUUUUGUCCCUUGAUGUCCCAGGGCUAGCUGAGAAGAGGCCAUCUCUUGUUUAUGGAGAUUAUAUCUUUGCAAGACUAGCUACUGAAAAUGCUAGACUUUACCAGGGUUAUAUUCACCGAGUUGAAGCAGAAGAAGUAUAUUUGAAGUUUGAAAAGAAUUUUCACAUCAACCACGUGGCUGGAAAUCUUUAUAAUGUACGGUUUGCAUUCGUUCGUACGGGUGUGCGGAGGUUGCAUCAAGCCACUGAAGCUACAGAAAGCUUAAAUGGAGAAAUUCUCUUCCCAUCAGGCAUAGCCAGAGCGAGAAAUAUACAAGCUGCUAGACUGGCACCUAUGUCAUGUAUGCUUAACAAGGAGCAGACAAGUGCAAUUGAAAAGAUUCUUGGGUGCAAAGGGGGGGCUCCAUAUGUUAUCCAUGGGCCACCUGGUACAGGCAAAACAAGGACUCUUAUCGAAGCUGUUAUCCAGCUACAUAUUAUGAGGAAAGAUGCUCGAGUUCUUCUCUGUGCACCUUCAAAUAGUGCUGCAGACCAUAUACUUGAGAAACUUGUUAGUCAGCAGAAUAUUGGAGUGCAGGACCAUGAGAUUUUGAGGUUGAAUGCAUUCACACGUCCUUUAGAUGAUGUGAAUCCUAGUUACAUUCGCUUUUGCAAUGUUGAAGAUUAUGGUUUUAAGUGUCCUCUUCUCAGGGACCUUAAAAGAUAUAGGAUUAUCAUAUCUACAUAUGCUAGUGCAUCUCUUCUUUAUGCAGAAGGCAUCAAGCGAGGAUACUUCUCUCAUAUUUUCUUGGAUGAGGCAGGACAGGCAUCGGAGCCUGAGACCAUGGUUCCUCUGUCACAUCUUUUAAGUAAGGAGACAGUAGUUGUACUUGCUGGUGACCCACGCCAACUUGGUCCAAUAGUUUUCUCAAAAGAUGCUGAAAAUUAUGGAUUGGGGACGUCAUAUAUGGAAAGGUUAUUUGAAUGCAAGUUAUAUGGUGAUCUCAAUGAAAAUUAUGCUACCCUACUAGUAAGGAACUAUCGGUGUCAUCCAGUAAUUCUGCAUCUUCCCUCAGAAAUGUUUUAUGGCGGAGAGUUGAUCCCAUGUAAAGAAGAUAAAACUUCUACUCGGACUUGGGCGGACCUUCUUCCAAACAAGGAAUUUCCUUUGCUUUUCAUUGGUAUACAAGGUUGUGAUGAAAGGGAAGGAAACAACCCAUCAUGGUUCAACAGGAUCGAAGCAAGCAAGGUAGUAGAGAUCAUCAGAGAUAUGAUAGAUAACAAAGGUCUGAAAAUGGAAGAUAUUGGGGUGAUAACACCUUACAGGCAGCAAGUACUGAAAAUAAGAAGCGCCCUUGAGGGCUUUGAUUGGGCUAAUAUAAAGGUUGGCAGCGUUGAGCAAUUCCAAGGUCAGGAGAGAGAAGUUAUUAUCAUAUCGACUGUCCGAUCAACGAUACAACAUAAUGACUUUGAUAGAAUCCACUAUUUAGGAUUUUUAAGCAAUCCGAGAAGGUUCAAUGUUGCUGCUACAAGAGCCAGAUCAUUGCUUGUUGUUAUCGGGAAUCCACACAUCAUCUGCAAGGACCCCUACUGGAACAAGCUUUUGUGGUAUUGUGUAGACAAUGGCUCCUACAAGGGUUGCUUCUUACCUGAAAAACUGGAGAUCCCUCAAGAGGAUUCUAGACAAGAAAAUAACUGGAAUAAUGAUUGGGAACAAGCAAAUAAUUGGUAUGAUGACGGGGGACAAGCAAAUAACUGGAAUGAUGAUGGAGGACAAGCUAAUAACUGGAAUGAUGAUGGGGCACAAGAAAAUAACUGGGAUUGUGAAGAUGCACAAGCUAAAAGUUGGGGCUAUGAAGUGCAAGCUAAUGAUUGGGACCAAGACCAAGACCAAGGGGGAAAAGUUGGUGAUUGGGACCAAGAUGAAGGGGAACAAGCUAAGAAUUGGAAUGAAGGCGGCACUUGCAAUAAUGAAGAGAAACAGAGUUUUCAGCCAUCGCUUGAUGUUCAACAGGAUACAGUGCACCAAACAGACUACACCCCGGACCCUGUUAUGGAUGAAGCUGAAUGGUCUGAUGGUUGGAAAUAAUUGCUUAGUUUAUUAUGCAAGGGGCUGUAACUUUUGGAGGUUGUGUUGAACCUCAAAACUUGGAAAGAGUUUUUUUAGAUUCUGCACUAGAAUGUGCAGAUUUUGCAUUUUGAAAAUUUCAACCUCAGGAAUGCCUGCAUUUCAUCUAUAUAUAUACUGCAUUUUAUCUACA